UCAGAGCUCUAAUUUGUCGUAAUGGGCCGAAAGCAGCGUAGUUAUACAGAGGAACAGAUUCGAGCAUUUCUGAUCGGUUUUGCUGCCGCUGAUGUGAGCGCACGGAGUUACGCAAAUAAUAUCGGAGUUCCGUGGAGAACUUUCACACGCUGGAAAAGCAGGUUGAGGAAGAACGAGCCUCUUCGGAAGCAGAAACACAAGCGAAAGCCGGACCACUCUGACAUAGAGGACGCUUUGUACGAAUUUCUCCUGGCCGAGCGGAAGAAGGGUCUGAUUGUGACGCGUCUGGAGCUGAAAAAAAGAGCGCUAGAGUUAGCCCAGGUGGAAGGAGCUCCAACCUUCAAGGCUUCAGACGGUUGGCUUACUAGCUUUUUGAAGAGAAAGUGCCUGCGAUACCGUGUCCCAACUCAACAUGCUCGCAAGUCUGAAUUUACAGAAGAAGAUCUGGAAGAAGAGCUGGAGUAUUUUCUCCGCUUGCACAAUUCCAUCGUUCUGGAUGAAACUCCCGCUGACCGCGUAUUCAAUUUCGAUCAGACGAUGAUUCGCCUUGUAGCGCCGAAACCGAAAACACUUUCUCCCAUUGGAGUGAAAGAAGUAACUGUUAAACAGCCUCCUGGCGAAAAAGAAGGAAUAACUGUGUCUUUAACGAUCCGUGCGGAUGGUGGAAAAUAUCCCGCUGUAGUGGUGCUAAAGGGGGGAAAGAAUGGGAAGCUGUCAGAAGGGAUAAUGAACAAGCUGAAAGUUCCUUCUAAUAUUUUUGUUGAGAGCUCUUAUUCUACUUGGUGGACGGAGGAGAUGGAUCUGGACUGGAUAAAGUAUACAUUUCCAGAAGAUACGCAAAAGCGUGUUUUAGUUCGAGACCAAGCACCUGUCCACAAAAAAGAACCAUCGGAGCUCCUACUUAGAGAACGAAAUGUCGAGCAAAUCUUCGUGCCUGCUGGUCGCACAGGCGAUUAUCAGCCGCUUGAUGUCAGCGUUAACAAAGCAAUGAAGGCCUCUUUUCGUAGCGAAUAUCAGCUUUGGCGAGCAACUCAUCAUGAAGUAACAAAAUCGGGAUAUCUGAAGAAGCCAGGGCGCCAAGACUUCCUGGAUAUGAUCUCUCGUGCAUGGCAAAGCGUAACCCCAGAUCUUGUCCGUAAAUCGUUUUCGCUGCUCAGGUGCUUAAGAAUGAUGACCGAGAACGUGAUCAUGAGAGCUCUGAAAAUGAGUAUGAGAGCUCUGGAAUGGAUAAGGAAAAUUUACUAG